AUGCGUCGCGAGGGACCGGAUUCUGACAUGCCCACCCGAAAACCAGCCCGUCCUGGCCGUCGCAGCCGCAUGACAACACGCAUGCAGGAGGCCCUAUGUGAUAGACUAAUCAAACAGCCAUACAUGUAUCGAUGCGAAAUGGCAGACUUCCUCUAUCGUAGUUUUGGGAUGAGAAUAUCGGAGCGAUCAAUCGGUCGGACCCUGCGGUCAAUUGGGUGGACGAGAAAGACGAUCCAUCGUAUUGCACAACAACGUGACGACGACCUUCGAGACCAUUAUCUUCAUCGCAUCUCGCAGUACCAGUCGUAUCAGCUUGUCUUUGUCGAUGAGUCUGGAUGCGACAGGAGAGCGGGAUACCGGCGUUAG